AUGUCAGCCAACUUGUACAGAUCGCCCUCAUCGGCCGCUGUAUACAAGUCGCCGUCCAUGAGCGCCUUUGGCGCCCCUUUUGGCAGCAUGUCGGUCGCCGAUCUCGGCUCACUGACUCGUCUCGAGGACAAGAUCCGACUCCUCCAGGAAGAUCUCGAGUCUGAGCGGGAACUCCGCAACAGAAUCGAACGUGAGCGUGCUGAUCUUAGCGUUCAACUGAUCGCCCUCACCGAUCGUCUCGAAGAUGCCGAAGGAACGACCGACAGCCAGAUCGAAUCGAACCGUAAACGCGAGGGUGAGCUGAUCAAGCUGCGUAAGCUGCUUGAGGAAUCGCAACUCGAAUCCGAAGAUGCAAUGAAUGUGCUGCGUAAGAAGCAUCAGGAUGCUUGCCUCGACUAUCAGGAUCAGGUCGAACAGCUGCAGAAGAAGAACGCCAAGAUCGACCGCGAACGUCAACGUCUCCAACACGAAGUCAUCGAGUUGACCGCUACCAUCGAUCAGGUGCAAAAGGACAAG